AUGAGUGAAAAGGAAACUAUGAUCAUACCUAAGUUCGAUGUAGAUUAUGAGCAUUGGGCAAUGCUCAUGGAGAACCUGCUUCGAUCCAAGGAAUGGUGGGCUCUUGUGGAGACAGGGAUUCCAAGCCAGGAGAGAGGAACGGUGCUAUCAGGUGCUCAAAGAACCGAGCUACAGGAGAGGAUAGCAGAAAAAACUGUCACCGAUCACAAGGUAAAGAAAUACCUCUUUGCGUCGAUUGACAAGACAACCCUGAAGACGAUUGUCAAGGAGAAUACUUCAAAGGACAUCUGGGAAUCCAUGAAAACAAAGUAUCAAGGGAACAAAAGGGUUCAGAGUGCUCAAUUACAGAGGCUAAGAAGGGAUUUUGAGGUAUUGGAAAUGAAAGAAGGAGACAACAUUGGAGAUUAUUUUUCGAAAGUAAUGAUGGUGGCAAAUGAUAUGAGGAAUCUAGGAGAAAACAUGCCAGAUGACAAGAUUGUGGAAAAGAUAUUGAGAACCUUGGCUGACAGGUUCACAUAUGUUAUCUGUGCAAUUGAAGAAUCAAAAGAUAUCAAACAGCUCUCGGUUGAUGAGCUGCAGAGCUCCUUGCUACUUCAUGAACAGAACUUGAACAAGAAAGGCGUGGAAGAACAAGCUCUCAAAGCAGCGAGUUAUUGA